GUGUAAUGUGUAUGCCUCUCUCUCCAAGCUAUCCCUGUGGAUGGUUGUAUGUGUGUGCUUUUCUUUCGUGACUUACUCGCGCGCAUAUAUCUAUAUAUACAACAGAGAGUUGAGUACUUAUACGUUGGGUUACGUGUGUGCGCGCGUGUAAACGUGCACGUGCGCACGAGCUUUUAUAAUGUGUCAGUGACUCCCAUGCCCGUGGUAAAAGCAAGCAAAGUAAUUCGUCCUUGCUACGAGUAUCUACUACCUCUACUCUAGGAGUCAGUAUACGUCGCCUAUAGCUUCUAUUUAUACGACGACUAUACGCGUCUCGCACUUUCCUCGUCGGUCUCCUCUCUUUCUCACUACUACCUUCUUGUUUCCUCUCUCAUUCUUCCCCUGAUCGUACUCUCAACCUUUCGCUCCCACCUUCUCCUCUUACAUUGACUCUCAUCGUCCCACCAGUUUUCCCCUUUCGCGUUGGCAUCCCCUCUCUUCGUUUCGAACAGCAGCGUCGCUCUUGUCCCUUUCGCUCGCUCGCUCUUACUCUCUUUCUCCGACUCACUCAUACACAACACACACACAACACGUAUAGAAAACUUGUAGCGAAUUCACCAGGAACGACGUGUUGUGUGUGUGCGUGCGUGUGUGUGUGUGUGUGGUGUCCGGCGGCAACCCACCGACCAACCGAACGGAUCCGAUUCUCCGUUCGGCUUGACUCGCAACAGAAAAGAGAUGGCCGGUGAACGGUGAAUCGUGUCACGCGUCCACCCUUGUACUCUCGUGCAUACUAGCGUAUGCGCGGAAUGUGCCACCGGGAACACAAUGGGUUUAUUGUGUUAGUGAAUAAUAAUAGUAACGCUGUGCGCAGCGUCAGUCCGUCGUUGCUGCCGCCAACGACGGCACUACUACAUUUUACUACACUACUCUACUACUACUACUUACUACUACUACACUUUACUAUUACUACUACUACACUUUACUACUAUUACUACUACUACUACUACUACGUAAAACAGCAGAAGAGGACAAGACAUUUUGUUAGAGGUUCGAAACAGUUCAAGAAGAUACAAGUGUUUAUCUAAGAAAAGAUCUUUUGGAGGAGGAUGCUUGGCAGUUGGGGUUGGGAAGAAGUAUUGGAGUUGGGAGAGGGAACAACACCCCUAUUACAGAACUGUCAUAGAAGAGAAAGUCCAGAUUCGACGCAUCCUGUUCCAGAUAGUCGGGUGCUGAGGUAUGCUCCCAGCCGAUGUCACCCCCCUGCCAGCAUCAAUUCAUCACAGUACAGCUUGCAGCCUCCUCUCGACUGUACAGACUAGCAUCGUGAGGCGGCAAAAAUGCUGACUGCACAUUCUGAGAUGCAUGAGAAACGAGGUCCCUUAGGAGGAGGAGUAGGAGUAGGAGUAGGAGUAGGAGUAGGAAUAGGAGGAGGAGGAGGACUACAACAAUAUGGAGCAGGCGGGGGUGGUGGCACUUCGAUUGAAGAAAAGUGUAUUCAAGAACAACCACCCCCGCCUCCUGCUCCUCCGCAAAGGAAUCCAUCGGAUCCAACAAUUAGCGCUAAAAAACUUCCAAAGAAACGAAAAUUCGAUCCAUCAGAACUCGAAGAAAUGGAUAAGUCUAGUAAUGUAACGAGCAACGUUAGUAAUAUGAUUAAUAUUGCUCAGUUAUGUCAAGUUCAACAUUCAAGUCUGGCUAAUCGACAGUCUCCGCAACCACAAGAAGCGGUGGCGGUGGCGGCGGCGGCGGCGGCAGCGGCGGCAGACUGUUACCAAGUGUCAACACCAUCGGUGGUUGUUUUACCUCCACAGAGUACAGCUGUAGAUUAUUCUUUGAGAGAAGAACCUAUGCGUGCUCGUCCUCGACCUGCUACGGUUGCUAUUGAUCUCAGUGAGUGGCGUGACCAUAGAGUGUUAGCUUUAAGGGAUUCUUAUUAUCGUCCAGGUGUUAUUCGUAAUGUGAUUCAUGGAGAGAUUGUCAUAGAAUUUGAUGGAGACAGAAAGUUGGAGCGUUAUAGUGAUGUUUUAGGUGCCGGAAGGUAUGAUGUGAUAGGUGAUGCUAGCCCUUCCGUAGGGCAAGUGACCUUAGAUGCAAAAGUUUGCAUUAGAUGUCCAACAGUAAAUAGUCAUAUAGAUUCAUUAACUAAAGUGUUUGUGAAAGGGACAGUGUGCAAAAUAUUAACAAAGCCUAAUCGUUUUGUUGUUAAAAUACCAAGAGAAGACGAUCAAAGUGAGAGUUAUGUUGUGAAACGUGCAGAUUUGCGUUUGGUGCAACCACCUUGGUGGGAUGAACUCGAAGAAGGACUGGAAGAUAUUGACUCUAACAGAAUUGAAGCAGUUGAACAUGGUGGAUAUAGAAAUUCAGUGGAAGCUUCAACAGCAGUGCCAAUUUUGCAACUCCAUCAUACUCCUCACCAUGCAUCUCAUAUAUCUACGCAUAAUGAUUCAACUGGUUAUUAUAGAACAACUGGUACUAGUCCACUUAUGGCACUAGGGACUCCUGCACAUUCUGCCAGUACAGCAUUGAGUAAUGGAAGCCGACCAUAUGAUGAACUAGAAAGCGAAGAUGACUUAGAUAGGGAAAAUAUUACAUUUCCUUCAGAUGCAGAUGCAAAAUUAUCAGGAAGUAGUAAACGUAGUAGUAUGCAGAGUAGAGGAAGUACCAGCAGUUUAGUUGAGCAACGCAGUAUAACACCGCGUUCUCAGGCAGCCACACCCAGAUCUCAGGCGGCUACGCCACAUAAGUAUAAAAAGGGUGAUGUAGUGUCUAUGCCCAAUGGAAUAACGAAAAAAUUCAAUGGGAAACAGUGGCGCAGACUUUGUGGUAAAGAAGGAUGUUUUAAAGAAAGUCAAAGGAGAGGAUUUUGUUCUCGACAUCUCAAUCUGAAAGGAUCUUGUCUUAGAGGACCCUCAAAUGCGUUCCCUGGUGGAAAAAUUGAUGGAGAAGAAACAUCAAGAGGUUCUGACACUUCUCCAAAUUAUGGAGAUAGAAGAAUCGCAGGGCGCUUUGAUCAAGAUGAAACAGAAGCUGCUAACAUGCUUGUAUCUUUAGGAAGCUCUAGAUCAGCCACGCCAGCUUUUUCGUCGCCAACAGGUCAAUCUUCCAUAUCACCGUGUAUAAAUCAGUCUCCAGUACCACCGUUAGGCCUUAACCAAAAUAAUGUAUUUAUGCCUAUUUCGAGUCCUGCACAUCACGCAGCACCCUUAAUUUCACCUGGCGCAAAAUGGAAACAUUCUCCUACGCAAUCGAACUUUUUAGUUCAAUAUCAGCAACAAGUUAUUAAACCUGAACCAAAUCGAAUGGUUAGACCAAGUCGGCCAGCACCAACUGCUCCUGUCCCUGCUAGUAUAGGGACGAGUGUAAUAAGAAUCUCUCCAGUGGGUCGUGGAAUGCCUGGACAAAAUUUAACUUUGUCAUGGUCAGAACAAAGCCCACCACCAAGACAUCCGUCAGUCGUAACGUCUAUAGCUCAACAACAGCAAGGAAUUAUAUUACAGCAUGCAUUGACAUCUAGCAACAAUUUUUCCAAUCAUACUGAAGUUCCUGAACAAAAUGCGCAACUUUUGAAACCAUCGUCGCAUUCACCUCAUAUGUCUUUAUCUGCUCCACCAGCGCAAAAUUUGACUCUUUUGCAUAAACAACAAGAACAACCAGUUGAUUAUGCACAGACAACAACACCACAGCCACAAAAUCAGCCAAUUUAUGUGAUGCAACAUCAGCAUGAAAAGAAGUACCUUGUUAUAAAAAAUAAUAUAGAUAUCUCUACGGCAGGACAUAUAGGACAUAUUCAAGAUGAUAAAUAUAGACAAGGUUUAAUGAAUCAUUUGGCACAGCUUCCAGCAUCAUUAAAUCAAAAUCAAUGUCAGUCAUCGCAGACGACUCCUGCUGUGUCCGUCCAUAUUGAUAAACUUUCUGUUUUACAACAAACUAAUAAGAUUGGGAUACAUACAUCCUCGCAUAUGGAUGUACAAAGGAAUACAGUACCAUCUACGAACGUUGUAAUGUCAGGUGCAACAGAAGUUAGUAAUCCAUCAACUCCUACCAGUGUCUUCCAGCAUGUAAUAGUUCAGCCUGGACAUCUAAUACAGAUCCCGAAAACUCAAGCUCCUCCUAGAGAAGAAAAUUCCAAAAAUAACGGAGUCCUAUGUUUCACAGAUGGCAGCCAUGAUGUUCCUUCCGCAUACCAGCCCCAUCCCCCAUCAUUACAGAAUAAUGCAGUGCGCAACUGGAAAAAAGCUUUCUCCUGGCAAACAACAGUUUUGGAUCAAUCAGAGGUGAGUCCUCCACCGUCUGCUCUCAGUCCACCGUUAAGUGCACCACCAAUUCCAAUAAGUAUAAAUACGUCUGGCGAGGAUGGAUCAGUAGCAGCAGCAGCAGCAGCAGCAGCAGCAGCACCAGGUACAGAUCAAAUAACUCCUGCCGAAGAAGAAGAUGAUGAUGUUUUUGAAGCAGAACCGACUACACCAGCUGAAAUAGAAACUAAUGCUGCUGCUAAUAAAAGGCGUAGUCAAUCCCUCAGUGCUUUGCAUUCCAAGGAGCCACAGAGUCCAUUAAAAACAAAGGAUAGAAUACGUCGACCGAUGAAUGCAUUUAUGAUAUUUUCCAAACGACAUCGCGCAGUUGUUCACCAAAGACAUCCUAAUCAAGAUAAUCGCACUGUUUCCAAGAUUUUGGGGGAAUGGUGGUAUGCUUUGGGUCCUGAUGAAAAACAAAAGUAUCAUGAUCUUGCAUCAGAAGUUAAAGAGGCACAUUUCAAAGCACACCCAGAUUGGAAAUGGUGUAGCAAGGAUAGGAGAAAAUCGUCCACGACGAGUUUUAAGGGUAGCGAUUCUAGAGGAAAAUUAAAUAGUACUGGAGAAGAAACAGAUAUGGGACCACCAACGGAAGAUGUACCUUUAACGCCAAGAGGAACAGAUGAGGUGUCGUCUAUUCCUGUUACGACAGUAUACACAGAAGCUCCUACUAUCGAGAUUAUUAAUCAGUCACACGCACCGCAUCGUAUUUUGGACAUACCUUUACAAAUUGACACUACCGAAACUGAAUCGAAACAAGAUGAAGAAGCUAACGGAUCGGAUGAUGACCAAAUGGUUAUUUGCGAAGAUCCUCAACCGGAAAUAGACUUAAAGUGUAAAGAUAAAUUGACUGACAGUGACAAUGAUGCACAAGAGGAAGAUAUGGACAAGAAAUCGUUUAAUCAAUCACAGUUUUCUCCCGUUAGUGGACAGAAAAGGGAUGGGGUUAAUGUUAAACAGGAAAUAACUUGUAGACCUAAACCUAUAAAAGCACGGAUACCAUCAACAAGUAUAGAAACCACAACUAAGUAUCACCAUUCUUCCAUUGAUAAAGGUGGCACAGUUUCAGUUUUAUCAAGCACUUAUCCCUACCACAGUCCAAUAAAUCCAACAGGAGUAUCAGGAUUUCAGCCUACGGGUGGAGCGUUUAUAACCAUGCCAGUGUCACCUAAGGUUAUAAAGCCGGAACCAGUGAAAACUGAACAACAAUAUAGUACUCAAUAUAGCAUGAGUAGUCUCGUCGCAAACAUACAUUCUGAUAAUGGAAGAAAUAAUGUACCUAAAUUUACAGCUGCUCCUGUGUUACAUUCGAUUGGAACGAAACGUAUGAUGGCUCUGUUGAAACAACAGCAGCCGUUGCAGUCUUUAGCCACUACCGCUCAUCCCCUUACUUCUGCUGUCCCUUCUCAACCACCGUUCACUCUUACAUUGCUUGAUAACAAUUUGGUGGCUAUUUCCAAACCACAGCAGGGACCGCAGUACCUUGGCCCUACGACGCCGCAUCCCCGGAUGUAUUGCGGCUUCAAUAUACCUAUCUCUGAUGCCGGAAGCCGCAAUAUAUCUUCGCAAAAUUUGAUCUCGGGUACCAAGGUGGAAGCGCAAAGUGUUAUUGUGAGCAAGCAUUAUCCAGCAGUUUCUACAAACUCUACAACAUCAUCGCCUUAUAGAGGAAUCAGUCAUUCUAUCGCACGUUUGGCAGAAUCGGAUAAAAAUGAGACUCCAAUAGGAGGAUCAAAUCAUGCUCAAUUUUAUGGGAGCAAUAUAAAAAGCGAGCAAGAAAGAAAAGACACAGGAAACAUUCUUCUACCUACUUCAAAUGAUAAAAUUAAACAACCACUUACACCACAUACACCACAUACACCUCAUAGCAGUCAUAUUAAUAAUGAACAUUCAUCAAAUAAGUCGUCGUAUUCCAUAGACGAAGACCCAAAUAAUGAUACAGGAUCAAAUAAAGGUCCUUUUAUGCUGGCUCCGACACCUGCUCAACUUGGAAGAGCACCAUUGCAAAGAAGACAAUUAAUGGCAAUGCCACCCACAACAAGCAGUACAGCAGCAGGAGAGCAUGGGAUUUCAGUAUCUCAACAACGCUCUGACCAAAAUCGACCACAGGGGGGAAAUACUUGUCAUCAAUCUUCCGAAUCGAUGCAGCAACAAAAUAUAGCUGAAAAUCGUACGUCUCCAUCCCCUUCAACUAAAAAAGGCUCCUUCUUCAAGAAAAAUGUCGAAGAUGGUAUGGAUAGGGUUCUUGAACAAGUCAAUUUUCAAGAGAAAUUUUCGUCGUUACCAGAAUUUAAACCAGAAGAUAUACAGAGCCCAAGUGCAAUCACUAUUAAUACUCCAGGUUCUUCUGGAUUACAUUCAUCAAAUUUACAGGCAUCGAUGCAAGGUUAUAGAAAGAAAUCUCAAGGAGGUCAUAGAGUAAACGAAGAAGAUAUAGAUUCUGACGCAUCAGUGUCCGCUACGCCAAAAUCAACUUCUAGUGUCAAAUUGACAGGAACUACGUUCUUUGGUCCAGAUUUCAAUAUCGACGCAUACAGACUUAAUACAGACAUAGCAGGAGAAGUAGAAGAUACUUCACCGCGCACACCAAAAACGCCCGUAGGAGGUGUAGGAAAUGCAACAGUAGGAGGAGGAGGAGGAGGAGGAGGAGGAGGUGGAGGUAUUGGUAGAAAUGAGAAUGAUCGUGGUCAUAGGAAAGUAUUGGAACAUCGGAGAAAUCUCGUCAUGGAAUUAUUUCGAAUACAUGGAUAUUUUCCUUCAACGCAUGCUACCUCUACCUUUCAAGCUAAAUAUGCUGAUGUAUUUCCUAGUAAGAUGAGUUUACAAUUGAAAAUAAGAGAGGUCAGACAAAAAUUGAAAGCUAAUUCUACUCCGAUGAGUGCUAACAGUUUAGUUAGUCCGCUGCCUGUUUCUGAAUCCUCGCCUAACGUGACUGGACCAUUGACUGCUCCUCCUACGUCGAUGGGAGCACCACAUUCACUGCCUGUAAGCAGUAGUGGUAGCUAGCGCCCACGUGCCAACUGUGAUACUGUGCAUCCCAUUACUACUCCACAACACGAGUAUAUCAUUAUACUUUGAAGAUACAAGUAGCAAGCGAUGGCUGCUUAAUUAAAUCGCUAUUAUAUACCAUUUCUUCGAAAUAUGUAA